AAUGAACACGCGGCUUCGUUUCCAUCCGGGUUUUGGACCGGGGCAAGCAUGGCACCACCUGUGAGAUACUGCAUCCCUGGCGAGCGUCUGUGUAACUUGGAGGAAGGCAGCCCCGGUAGCGGCACCUACACACGGCACGGCUACAUCUUUUCGUCGCUGGCGGGCUGCCUGACGAAGACCAGCGAGAAUGGCGCGCUUCCUGUGGUAUCUGUGAUGAGAGAAACAGAGUCCCAGUUACUGCCAGAUGUAGGAGCUGUUGUCACCUGUAAGGUCUCUAGCAUCAACUCACGUUUUGCCAAAGUCCACAUCCUGUAUGUGGGGUCCACGCCACUGAAAAAUGCUUUUCGAGGAACUAUCCGCAAGGAAGAUAUCCGAGCAACUGAAAAAGACAAGGUUGAAAUUUACAAGAGUUUCCGCCCGGGUGACAUAGUUUUGGCCAAAGUUAUCUCCCUGGGUGAUGCACAAUCCAAUUACCUGCUGACCACUGCUGAAAAUGAGUUAGGGGUAGUAGUGGCCCACAGUGAAUCAGGGGUCCAGAUGGUUCCCAUAAGCUGGUGUGAGAUGCAGUGCCCUAAGACCCACACUAAAGAAUUCCGCAAAGUGGCCAGAGUGCAGCCUGAGUUCUUACAAACCUAAGUACACUUCCCAAAGACAGAGUUAACUAUUUCCAAGAGUACGAGUAUGAAAAGAACAUCAAGAUGCCGUGGUCUUUAUUAAGCUAGCAGUUACCUCUUGAAAAAUCUGCCAGAAAUACAUUUGUGUGGUAAUGAACACCAAGGCCCAUGCAGCCAAGACAGGAAGAUUGUUAGUUCCCAAGUUUGGGUCCAGACUUUCAACCAAAAUUAUAAAAAAAGAAAAUGUAUUCUAUUUGAAACACUAUUCUUGGGAAGCUGAUUUUUUAUUCUCUUGGCUGAUGAAUCUCAUUUAAAGGCAUUUAGCAAACAGAACCUUAUGCCUUCUUUACAAAUAUGUAUUUAUAUGUAUUUUGCUAUGACUGGGAAAAAAUAUGCUUUUCACUUGUUA